AUGGGCCGGGAGCAGAAGCGGCGGCAAGAGGCCCGCAAAGCCAAGCAGCUGGUGCAGAGUGGGAAGGCGGAACGCAGGCCGCUUCUGCCAGAAGAGGCUGCGGACCUCUUUUCCGCCAUCGACAAGGGCGAGGUGCAGAGCUUCGGCAUCGCGCGGCUGGCUGGCUUGCGGCUGGACGACCUGCACCAGGCGCCUUGGUGCUUUGCCUGGGGCCCAGCUUCGCGGAUGACCUUGGCGGACUUUGCCGCGCUCCGGGGCCGGGACUCCUUCGUCUCCGCGCUGAUCACUGCUGGGGCGGACCCCUCAGGUGUAGGCGUCCAGGUCUGGGAGAAGCUGCCUCGGGCCUACGCCUGCUGGCUGGCGCGGGCGGCUGCCCGCCUGCGGCUAGAGGCCACUCCAGAUACCUGCAGAUGCGGCGGCCCUGGGGCAGAGUUUCCACCCUGCGGGCACCGUUGCUGCGCGCGCUGCUUUUGGUCGCCCUUCAAAGACUUUGUGAGCGGCCGGCUGCCUGAGCUGACGUGCUUCUGCGGCCAGCGCUUGGAGGAUUCCUCCUUGGAGUUCCCGGCCCAGCGCCGGGGCAUCCUGCGCCUGGGCCCGGCUUCGGGAGAGUCCUGCCGGACCUGCCGCUGCCGCCUGCCGCUUUCGCGCGACAGCGACAGCGCCUGCCUCAACUGCGCGCAGCCGCCAUUUGCGGCGCCCAAACCGGCGAAGCCAGCGGAGAGGAUUGCGUCGGCGUCUUCUCUCUGCGGGGAUUUGUCAGGACUGCUGCCGAGCUGCUGGCGCCUGUGGCGGCGCGCGCGCACAGUGCGGCGCUGGAAAAGUUUGCCGGAGGAGCUGCCGCAAGACUUGCAGGAGCGCCAGAAGCUUCAAGCGGCUUGGGAUUUGAAGGCAAAUGGAAGCGGGAAGCGCAUGGCCGGUGCCUUCAAAGCGCUCAGCCCUGCCCAGGUGGCUACCGAGAAGCUGGGCCUCACCCGCUCCGCGCGCUCCGAGCGCCUCAGACUUGCCGCGGAAGUGGGGGACGCGCGGCGCGUGGAGGCGUUGCUGGAGGCGGGCUGCGACCUGGACGCCCCCAACGCGCCUCGGGCUUCUUAA